AUGGCUGCCGCUAGUUCUCAUAUCCUCCCUCUCCCAUCGGCCGCUGCCAGCCGCAGUAAAGUACCCAAAUCGCCUCUCUUCCCUUCUUCCCUCCCCUUGUCUCCGUCGGUCCACGCUCAGACAUCUUCCUCGCGACAUCACUCGAGAAUCCGGGCGUCGUCGGGGGGGAAAGAUGCCUCCAAUACGCCCCCGUCCUCUUCCGCCAUGAAGGCAAUCACCAAGGAUGUAGAGAUGGAACAGCAGAGGGAGGACAGGAGGGUAGAGAUGGCGCAGGCCAAGGACAAGGAGGAUGCCCGCGAGAGGGAGAGGCGGUGGCAGGAGUCGCACCAGCCAAGGGAUAAUCUGGCGCCACGGUGGCGGGAGGUGGCCGGCAGGGACAACUGGGUCGGCAUGCUUGACCCGUUCGACCCACUCCUCCGGGCGGAGCUCAUCCGGUACGGCGAAUUUGCGCAAGCCUGCUACGACGCCUUCGACUUCGACCCCUACUCCCGGUACUGCGGCGGUUGCAAGUACAGUCGCCGCAGCUUCUUCCAGUCGCUUGACAUGGCGAACGCUGGCUACGAGGUCACACGCUACCUCUACGCAACAUCUAACGUCAAGCUCCCCAACUUCUCCCGGCGCUCGAAGAGAAACAAUGCCUGGAGCGAUUCCGCUAACUGGAUCGGCUACAUCGCCGUGUCUGACGACGCCACCACGGUGCUCCUCGGCCGCCGCGACAUUGUAGUUUGCUGGCGCGGCACGGUGACCCAACUGGAAUUUAUUGCGGACAUGGUCAACUUCAACCAGCCGAUCUACGCCGAGGGGAUACCCACCCCAGACCGCUCCGUGAAGGUGGCGGCGGGAUUCGUGAACCUCUACACGGACAAGGACACGAACUGCCGCUUCUCCAAGUACUCUGCCAGGGACCAGCUGCUGGCGGAGGUUCGGCGGCAGGUGCUGCGGUACGCUGAGGAACGAGGGGAGGAGGUCAGCAUCUCUAUAACAGGGCACAGCCUCGGCGGCGCCCUCGCCACCCUCAGCGCCUAUGACUUGGCGGAAGUUGGGCUAAACAGAGUGCGGCCCGGGGGGGGGGAGGAGAGGGUGGUACCGGUGACCGUCUACUCCUUUGCAGGGCCAAGACUGGGGAACGAACCCUUCAAGGAGAGGUUCGAGGAGAUACUCGGCUUGAAGUCUCUUCGAGUGGUGAACGUCCACGACGCUGUGCCCAAGGUGCCCGGACUUAUCAUCAACGAAAACGUCCCAGAGUUCGUGCGCCGCGCAGGGGCCGCGAUGCCGUGGAGCUAUUGCCACGUCGGGGUGAAGCUGGCGCUCGAUCACAAGCGAUCACCGUUCCUCAAGGACACAGCCGAGGCCUCCUGCUUCCACAACCUCGAGGCCUAUCUCCACCUACUCGACGGGUAAGAACACUUCAUCACCGCCCAGCCUUGUAGGUUUGGGCAUUAUAAGCGAGGACCGAGAUUGGAUUACCUGACAUUUAAUUGGGGUUUACAGGCAUCAUGGGACGGAACGGAGCUUUGCGCUGACGACUGGCCGGGACCCAGCACUAGUGAACAAGGCUUGCGACUUUCUUAAGGAGGAAUACAUGGUGCCCCCAAACUGGCGUCAGGACGCUAACAGGGGCAUGGCCCGCAACGCUGACGGGCGAUGGACACAGCCAGAGCGCACCAAGUUCGACGACUACCCUGCAGACAUUGAAUAUUACCUCAAUCAAAUCGAACGCGCCAUCAACAAUCGAGCAUAG